UUGACGUUGACGUAUAGGUUUAAUUUUCUCUUGAAAUGAAUAUUUGAAAAUUAUAAUUAAAAAAAAUGCCUUUAAUUGACGACUCCGAAUGGAAGCAAUCUUUUUUUAAAGAGAACUUCAGCGUUGAUAAUAGCCUAUCUAAAUACACACAAAAAUCAGAUUUAGAGACCCUUCGAAGGGAUUUAAAAAACUAUGGAGCCGAGCUACAGCAGCAAAUGACUGAAAUUCUCAGAAAUGAAACUGAAGCAAUCGUUAAUUUAGCGGAGUAUUUAACAAAUUUGAGCUCUAAAAUUGAACAUUUAUCUCUUCCAUUUUUCCAGCUUAGAGAAGAAAUAAUGGCAUUACAUAAACUAAUCAAUACAACGGAAGCCAGCUAUAAACUUAUGUUGAACAAUCUAAAAGAUAACAAUACUAACCACAAUAAUUUGAAUUUAAAACUAGGAGUAAUUGCUUGUUCUUUAUACAUAGACAAAAUGUUAAAAUCAUCUGCCGAUUCAUUCGAAGACCUCAUCAUUUUGGAUCGAAUCGUCGGGAAAUAUUCAUUCCAAAAGAACUACAUGGAUGAAUUGAACAUUGUAUCCUCAGACCUGAGGGAUAUCAUGGUAAACGUAGAAAACAAUCUAUUGGAAAUAGUAAACAGGAAAUUUCUAGAAGCAAUAAAAAAUUCCAACGAAGAAGUCGUAACCAGGUGCCUUAGGCUUUAUGACAAUUUAAAAAAACAAAAAGAGGCACAGGAAACGUACAGAAUCAGAAUAGUUAAGCCUUAUUUUCAAAAAUUGCUAACGGAAAAGAGCCUCGAAAGGUACAAUCAAGAUUUGGAAAAGCUGUACAAUGAAGUGUCUUAUUUCAUAGACGUCGAAAUGAAGAUACUUCUCGAUGUACUCGAGAAAAACGCAGAUUUAAAGUCUUACAAUUUCGUGUUGCACAGUUUGUGGCGAGAAUUCGACAAGCAGUCGCGCGAAGGGUUGCCGUUAAUAACAGCACCGGGAAACCCAGAAUUGUUCCAAAAGAGAUUUAAAAGUACUUGGAAAAUUUUAUCCGUUAUAGCUGAGAAAUCGCACAAUAAAUCAUUAUUAAAGGAUGAUAGUACUUUCCAAGAUCACAUAAAGAGAUUUAAUCUACCUGUUUAUUUCGAGAUACGGUACCAGAAGAUCGCCAGCGAUUUCGAAACAGCAAUAUUUGUUGACAAUAACGAGUUUUAUGCUACUAAAAAUGAUAUUUCCUGCAAUUUAAAGCUGACUUUAGCGCUAUGGGUAGCCAUUUCCCAGUGUUUCCAUCCAGAUGUGUAUUUAGACCAAUUAGCAGAUCAGUUCAUUAAAUUAUCCAUGCUACUACUCUCUAGAUAUCUGAGGUGGUUCGAAUCCAUCGUUAAAAGCAAUUUUUCGACAAACUCCUCGAAAGAAAAAUUCAUAAUGGACUUGCUGGUCGAUUUGAAUAUAGUAGAAAAAUUUAUGUGCCCCGUAACAUCCACUCCAGUCGAUACCCACAGCACAAUUUACAAAAUACUCGACAACAGCAUUGUUUCGUUGGUUCCGAGUAUAUCUAAAAUAAACAAGCAAUCGAUAGAAGCUGUCCAGAGCACGCUCAAAGCUAAUCUAGUGAAAAUGAAAGUGGACGAAAUGUGCAAUCACCUGCAGCACGUCGGUGCUAUACCGCGAUUGUACAGGAGAACCAACCGGAGCACGCCCAAAGAGCCCAGCACCUACAUGAUCGAGGCCAUAAAACCGGUCACAAAUUUCCUCGAGUUAUUCCACAACGUGAUACACGACAAAUCUACCGAGAUUUUGAAUGAAGUCAUUCUGCAAGUUACGGAACAGUAUCUCAAAUUAGUUCAAGGCGUGCUAAGAUCGGUUUGCAAAACGGAGGAAUCGCUCAGGAGAUUGAAGAGCAGAAAUGUUGCCAGUUCGGAGGAUAGUUCGCAUCAUUCCGAUACGGGUUCUGAUGAAAUGAAAAUCAGGGAGCAGAUUAAACUCGAUGUUGCCUAUUUUUUGCAAAAGUUAUAUCCAUUAGGUUCAGAAGCAUCUAGGAACACAAUGGAUCAACUAAAAAAAGAAAUUUAGCUAUUUAUUAAGAGAAAAUUAUAUUGUUGAUAAAAUUUGAUUUAUUAUAACGUUUCUGUAUAAACUCGUGUUUUU